UGAAAUGUGAAGUAUUGUGGUGGUCAAAUGGAGGGCUCCAAAGUCAAAGAGGAGACAGUGAGGACGGUCAGGUUCAGAGUAGCAUCUGCCAACAGCGGCCGUGUGUUGGCUGAGGUGUUCAAGGAUGAGACACGGUGGUGCGGGUCAGUGUCUGACCCAGUGGACUUGGACAGCAGCGGCGGUCCAGAGGCGCAGCGUAGAGUCUCAUCCCCUACCAGCGAGGCCAACAGCCACCUGAAAGGCCUGGUGAUUGACUCUUCGAUGGAGGAGAAUGGAAGCGAACCUGAUGACCUGCUUUUGUAUGCUAGUGCCAAGAGAGAGAAGCUCUUCAGCUACACACGGCUCAAUAUUUGCAGCAAAAACGGGACCGUAAGAGGGGUGAGGAACAAAGUCAGCGCAGGCCAAGUGCUUUUCAACAACCUCUCCAAAAUGUAUUCUGGACCACUUCGUCACCAGAAAAGGAGACCUUGGGAAAAAGAUUAGAUUCUUUAUAAUUAAAGCAAGACAAACGCAGUUUGUUUCAUUAAUCUAGUUCUACUUUGUUAGAAUACAUUGUUCUGUGCUCAGUGGUCCACUCUGUGGCCCCUCACCCUGUUGUGUUUUGUUACCUUUCCGUUAAUUUAGUGUGGGCUGGGCAUCUCCCCAGUUUUUUUGUAUAUUGAAUGUCUCGUGUGAAUGCCGAAUUUACUAUGAUUUUUGGGUCUGUGUGGCACACACUGACUGGACUGUGCCUUUGGAAUUACAUUUGAUACUGUACUUUUGGUAGCUUCUUACGCACAGUAGUCACCUCAUAUGUUAAGAUGUAAUAGUAAAUUAAGUUUUCUGUGUUGCAGAUUUUUUGUUGGUUGCCCAUUUGUUAAAUAAAAUAAAUCAACAUUUGACCGA